AUGCGUCGACUGACUCCAUCAAGCGGAUCGGACAGCGGUCGCAUUCCCAAGGCUUGCCUACCAUGUGCCCAAGUAAAAGCGAGAUGCGAGAGCGAGACAGGAGACGAGACGUGCAAGCGGUGUCGACGUCUGCAAAAGACUUGCAGCGCACAGGUACCUGGUGCUCACCGAAGCAAAAAGGUCAAGACAUCCGAGGUUGCCAGACUAGAGAGGAAACUCGAUGGUGUAACUGCCAUCCUCGCAGCGUCUCAAAACUCUUCGAUCGGAGUGAGUGGUUUUCUGGCGCCUAGUCCAGCUGAUAUGUCCCCUGCUGCCUGGAUCGACCCAUUCGUCCAGAACGAACUCGAAGCAGAGAUGAUACUCGAGACUUUCCGGACCCAAAUUCAGCCUCUGUUCCCGUUUGUUGUCAUCCCACCAAGUAUGUCAUACCUAGUUCUCAAACAGAAGAAGCCUUUCCUGGUCCUUGCCAUCUUGAUGGUUGGCUGUCGACAUGAUCAAGCACGACAAAUAGCCCUCGCAAAGGGACUAAGAGAGAUCAUCAGCCACAACAUCCUUAUUAAAGGAGAACAAAGCCUCGAUUUGCUCCAGAGCCUUCUCGUCUAUGUUAAUUGGUAUCACCUCCAUCUCCAACUCGGGUCUCAAUUAUGCAAUCUAAUCCAUCUGAUCAUGGCCAUGAUGAUAGAACUGGGCCUUAACAAGGAAGUCUACUCGAAAAAUCUCAGGCCCGGCUUGUUCGCUCGUUCAGGAUACUUCGGCGAGACUGGUAGCGUUCCUUUGGCAACAGCGAUGAUGAAUAGGGUUACUCCCUUAAGGUCGUCUACUGCAAGAACUCUAGAAGAGCGCAGAACCUUCCUCGGCUGUUUCUUUCUAACGUCCAUAAUCUCCAUGUGUAAACGAGACGUCGAGCCAAUAAGAUACUCAAGAUACGCGGACGAAUGUUGUCGUGCCAUAUCUGAAGCGGCUGAAUACCCAACAGAUGUCUAUGUUGUCCACCUAGCCCGUCUCCAUGGCAUGGCUGGCAGGAUCUCGUGCAUUCGAACUCAGGAAGACUGGCAUGUAAACCCUGUCUCCACUUCAGCUCCCAUUGGCGCUUGUGUCAAGUCAUUAGAGUCAGAGUUAUUGCAGCUACGAAACUCCUUUCCGCAGCUGUCUCAUCAAAACAUAGUCCUCCUCAUGCACUACUAUCUUAUGGAGAUCUUCCUAUAUGAGGCAGCGCUCAACGACAAUAUGGAACCCCUGCGAUACGGCACGUAUCCUUUUGCACGUCUCGGCAUGCUUUGCGCCUGCUUGAACUCCACAAAGCUAUGUUUUGAUACAAUCUCCUCUUUCCCACUCUCGGAACUAUUCGACCUUCCCCACACUAUAUGGACUAUUCUAGGCCAUGCAAUAGUCGUUCUGUCCAAGCUAUCGCUGCUUCGGGCAGCAGGAUGGGAUCCUGAAUAUGUACGAAGUGUUCUCGACGUCUCCGAAUGUAUGGACGUAUUGGUGCGCAGACUCGACAAAGCAAAAGCCUUGACUGGCACUCCCUCAGAGCAAGUCGGCCAGGAUUUGGCAACGAGGGAUGUACCGCAAUUCUUCUUGAUGUUACCCAGCAAAUUGCAGAUGGUCAAAGCUGCUCACGAAGCCAGAUGGCCAGCUCAAACGAAUUCAACCGACCCAAAUUCGUGCUUGACGUCUGCAGAGACCGGUGUUGUGCUCACAGACGACAAUUUCCCCAUGUCGCCUAUGAUGGACCUAUUUGAAUUCUUCGAUGAGGAUUUUUGGCAGCAACCUGCGUAA